AAAGAGCCCAAACUAAAAAGUGAAAUGCUCAUAAGCCGAAAAAGCCCUAAGGACUGUCUUCGCUCCAUUUUUCAAGCUUUUCUCCGAAGAGCUCACGGCUUUGCUCUCUCUUCAGCGCCAACAACGUUCCAUAAACCUUCACAAAUAUGGAGGAUUUGAAGAAGAGGAAGCUGGAGGAGACCGUCGGCAAUGGCGAAUUUUCUUCUGUUGAACAUUUGCGAUCUCUCCUCGAGCCACUUCCCAAGCCUCAACUCGUCGAUCUCCUUGCCCGACUGGAAAAUGUUAUUGUAUGAGAUAUGGGGUUUAAGAAAAUUCGGUAAGCCUAGCGUUAACUCAUUUAUGUCACUGUUGCGGAUGACCUUUUCUAGGGUUUUGGGUUCUUAGUUCCCGUUGUAACUGACUUUUGGAAUUUUUUGGUGCUUUGGUGGAUGAGGCAUUCCCCAAUGUAAAACCACCAGUAAACAUCUUCCCAAGUUUUAAGACGGUCUUGGUUCUAAUGGUGGAGUUAAAUCUUUUCCGAAGACGUCCUUGUGCUGACAAGGAAUUCAAUGUUACUGUUUGAGCGUUUUGUCUACAGGGAUUUUAAGGUAUUAAGUUUUCGACUUGGAGCUUCAACCCAUGACCUUGGAAGAGGGUCCCAGUAUCCUUCCAUUGCAGAAGAAAUAAAAAGUGUUGCCAGUGCAGAUCCUGUCAAUCGAAAGCUUUUUGUUCGUGGCUUGGCUUGGAAUACCACUUCAGAAACAUUGUGUGCUGCAUUUAGCGUGCAUGGGGAAAUUGAAGAAGGAGCUGUUAUCUAUGACAAAGCAACAGGAAAGUCCCGUGGAUAUGGUUUCAUUACUUACAAGCACAUGGAGUCAACUAAAGCUGCUUUAAAAGCGCCUAGCAAAAUAAUUGAGGGUCGCAUGGCUGUCUGCAAUUUGGCGUGUGAGGGUCUAAGUGGAUCAAGUACAACUCCAGAUUUAGCACAGAGAAAGCUAUACAUUGGUGGUUUAUCACCAGAUAUUACAAGUGAAGUAUUGCUGAAUUUCUUUGGAAGGUAUGGUGAUAUAGAAGAAGGUUCGGUUGCCUAUGAUAAGGAUACAAAUGAAUCACGAGGGUUUGGAUUUGUUACCUAUACCACCGUAGAGGCUGCAAAGAAGGCAAUAGAUGAUCCAGACAAGACCUUUGGGGGAAGGAACAUCAUUGUGAAGCUUGCAGAUUCACACAGGAACAAGAUGAUGCAGGCACAAGUAUCCCCAGCUAUUCCUUCUAUGCCAUACCCAGUAGCCGCAGGAUAUCCUCAACCUGGGAAACCUCAUGGCGGUGUUGCCCCUGUUGGCUAUGCUUAUCCUCAAGCUCUUGGAUCAUAUCCUGCUUCAUAUCCCAGUCCUACGACAGCGCAUGCUUCAUAUGCAAGCCAGCCCCAAAUGCCAUAUCCCCAUCAAGUGAUUGGAAAGAAAGAUGCUACUGGACUUCAUCCCGUCACACCUGCUGUAAUGGGAGGCUAUCCAUAUUAUAUAGCGAAACAAUAGCCAUGGAUAUGAUCUAUGGGAGGAACCUCGUCAUUAGUAAUGCUCCUCUAGAAAUUGGUCGCUCGGAUUUGAUUGAAGUGUGAACAUUAAAGGCAGCCUAGCGAAAAUUUUCCAAGUAAACUCUUCAUCUUUUUGUUCCUUGUCUGUGUAAUAUUUAUUACCACCUAGAAAUUAUGCAUACUUAGUCAUUCUUAGGAUUAGAGGUAGUUGAUCUUGAGCAUGGAAAAUAUUGACAGUAUUCUUGAUAUUUCUAUUCUGUCGAUCAUAAUCUCUCAAUUGCAUUUUACUAUUUCUGUCUAAUGAAGUUGGAAUUUAGAAAA